UUCUUCAAUCAAUCAAUCAAUCAAGUAAUCAAAAUUAAAUGAAAUUAAAACGAAUAUUAAAGAAAGCAUUUUUACCGAAUGGUUAUCCACGAUCGGUCAGUAAUGAUUAUCUUGAAUAUCAAUGUUGGGAUAGUAUACAGGCAUUUUGUUCAAGUAUAAUGAAUAAUUUAGCAACACAAGCAUUAUUUAAAGGUGUUGGUGUUGGUGAUUCAUCAGCUACUGUUUUAGCUGCAACAAUAACCUGGAUACUUAAAGAUGGUACAUCAAUCAUUGGAUCAUUAAUAUUUGCAACCAUACAAUGUACACAAAUGGAUUCGAAUUGUAAACAUUGGCGUUUAUUUGCCGAUCUUAUUAAUGAUUUGGCUAUUUUGAUUGAUUUAUUGAGUCCAAUUUUUAUUGGUCAUUAUUUUACAAUUAUACAAUGUUGUUCAGGGAUAUUACGAUCAUUGGUUGGUAUUGCUGGUGGUGCAACACGUGCAGCUUUAACACAACAUCAAGCUAAAUGUAAUAAUAUGGCCGAUGUUUCAGCCAAAGAUCAAAGCCAAGAAAGAAUUGUCAAUUUGAUUGCAUUGAUUUUUUCAUUAAUAUUUAUUCCGUUUGUUUCCGAACAGCCCAUAUUAAUAUGGACAAUGUUUACAGUAUUUACAACUGGUCAUAUUUAUUCAAAUUAUCGUGCUGUACGAUCAGUACGUAUUGAAGUUUUUAAUAAAAAACGUUUGGCAAUAUUUUUAGAUAAUUUUCAUUUCAACAACAACAACAGCAACAAAAAUCUAUCAAUCGAUUCAAUCAACCGAGAGGAAAAUGUUUGGUUUUUUUAUUCAACCAAACAUGAUCAAAUAUUUAAAAAUGUUCAUUUUAUUCAACAACGACAAAAACAACAACAAACAUUGACAAACAAUUCAAAAUUGAUCAAAGAUCCUUUGAAUAAUCAAUUCACGAUUGAUUAUCAAUCAAAUCAUCAAAUCGUAAUUUAUUUGCAUUCCAACGAAUCAACAUCAAUGAUUGAAGCAUUAUGUUUAGUUUUUAUAUUAAGAAAUAUGGAUCGAUUAUCAUCGAACGAUAGUUAUUCAACUAAAAUCGAUGAUUUAGAUGAAUCUUUGGUUUUAGAUUUAUUUUCAUUAUUAGCCGAACCAUCACCAGAUAUGGUUGAAACAUUCGAUUUUUCUGCUGAUGAUGUUAUACCACCACCGCCACCACCACCAUCGACAGCAUUACGAAUCAAUGGACCAAGAUUAUGUUGUUGAAUAUAUUCAUUAAUAGCUGUUCCUUUUGUUUUAACACUUUCACGAUAGGUUUCAAUUGUUUUUUUGAG